AUGGGAGUUUUUGGUAAAGCUAGUAGGAUACCCUUUGAUUUUCCUUCUAUCAUUUCAAACGUUUGUGGUAAAAGAAGUUAUUUUACCAGGGCUUGCCGCCCCUCGAAAACUAGUAAUUUUAACACUGUGUUUAAAAGGAAUGUGACAACGGCCCUUGCUACGGAUCUUUUAAAGGAUUCCAGCCUGCAUCCAAACGCCUUAAAUCAACCUCCGUGUCGUAAGUUGCCACCCGAUUUUAAACAGUGUUUAGACGUGACCACCUUAAAAAAUGGACUCAGAGUCGCGACUGUUUGGAUGCCCGGCUAUUCGUCCACAGUUGGAGUCUGGAUAGACAGCGGAAGUCGUUUUGAAACCGCUGAAACCAACGGAGCCGCACACUUUUUGGAGCACAUGAUUUUUAAGGGCACGAAGUCGCGAACGAGGCAGCAGCUGGAGGAGCAAAUUGAGCACAAGGGAGCUCACCUGAACGCCUACACAUCACGAGAGCAGACUGCAUACUACGCGCGCUGUUUCAACAACGACGUCCCCUGGUGCACGGAGCUGCUGUCGGACAUUCUGCAGAACAGUGUGAUAGAUUCCGAUAUUAUGGAAACGGAGAAGCACGUGAUACUGCGCGAGAUGGAGGAGGUGGAAAAGUCGCACGAGGAGGUGCUCUUCGACCGAUUACACAUGGCGGGUCCCGUUGAGAACAUAAAGAACAUGCAGCGCGAGUACCUACUGGACUACGUGAAGCGCAACUACACUGCCGACAGAAUGGUUCUGUGCGGAGUUGGUAACCUUGACCAUGAUAAAUUCGUCGCCCUGGCUGAGAAGGAAUUUUCGACAGUGCCUAAGGCGACGGCGAAAGUGGUCUUCGAGAAGCCAUACUUCGUGGGCUCCGAGUUGGUCGAAAGGGACGACACCAUGGGCCCGUACGGAUACAUAGCAGUGGCACUCGAAGGCUUACCCUGGAACUCGCCAGACUCAGUGGUUCUGAUGCUGAUGCAGAGUAUAAUUGGCACAUACAACAAGGCAAACGAGGGAAUAGUGCCAGAUAGAUGCUUUGUCGUGGUUGAAAGUGAUAUCACUGUAGGCAAAGUGUCCGGGAAUAGAACGAUUCACGCAAUAGCAAAUAGAAUGACGGUGGGCUGCGCAGAGUUCUACAGCGCCUUUAACACGUGUUACAAGGACACUGGCCUCUUCGGAUUCUAUUGCAAGGCAGACGAAGUGGCAGUUGAGCACUGCGUAGGAGAGCUGAUGUUUGGAAUAACAUCCCUAUCAUACUCGGUAUUGCUUUAUUUAUUUUAUCAGUUACCUAGUUUAUCAGUUACUUUGUCUACCAGUUACCUGGUUUAUCAGUUACCUGGUUUAUCAGUUACUUGGUUGAUCAAUUACCUGGUUUAUCAGUUACCUGGUUUAUCAGUGACUGAUGAGGAGGUGGAACGCGCAAAGAGACAGCUGAUGCUGCAGUUCCUAUCGAGCACAGAGUCGACCUCAAACGUUGCCGAGGAGGUGGCGAGACAGAUUCUAGUGUAUGGAAGGAGGAUGCCAGUCGCAGAGUUCCUGUUGAGACUGGAAAAAAUAGACGCGGAGGAGGUUAAAAGAGUGGCAUGGAAGUAUUUGCACGACUCUGAGGUCGCCUUGACUGCCGUUGGAGCACUUCAUGGGUUGCAUCCGUUACAUGAGCUGAGGCAGAAGACAUUUUGGCUAAGAUAUUAA